UUUUUUUGCUGCAAGUUCUCGCGCCACUUAAAGUCCUUUUGCCGGCCUGGACUGCAUUUUGAGGGCCUGGGCUCAGCAUGCGGCCAACAGACACCGCCCGUCGCAAGGAGCCUAAACUGUGAGCAAUGUCCAGACAGCAGACAUGUCCAUGUCGGAACGGAACACGCCCAGCCAUGGGGCAACGGCAACGGCAACGCCCUCGCAUCAUCGCCAGCAUCGGCCGCCGGACGUUGAGGAGGCGCUCUCCUCAAUGCUCUGGACGCCCUAUGAGCGCACCACGCCCACGGCCAGCUCCUCGGAUGAGGAGGACGAUGACGACAUGCGGCUCAAUCGCAAGCUGCGCAAAUCGCACAGCAGCUACGAGACGAGCGGCAGCUGCAGCCGAUCUGCCCUGAGCCAGCUGGCACCACUGACCCCACUGACCCCAAUGACCCCACCACUGACAUCGAUAGCACCACCUGCAGCCGCAGGAGUCGUCGCUCCUCUUCCCGUGCCUUUUCCCAGUUUUAGUUGCGCCUUUGAGGCGGCCAAGACGAGCCGGAGCCGGAAUCGCUACUCAUAUCCAAGCUACUAUGGCAGUCCGGCGCACACACUCACCCAAUGGUGUUCCUCGGCGGCCACGGCCAUUAAGGAGCCGCCCUCGUACGAGUCCCUCUACGAGGCGAGCGUCUCCGGCGUUGGCGCGGCCAGGGCAAGCUUGGCUCCCGUCCAGCCGAACAAUCUACAAUGUGAUAGAUCGCAACGAUCCCCAGCAACAACAACUAAACACGAUGACGAUGACGAUGAUGAUGAUGAUGAUCAACCCAAACUAACGGCAAAUGUUCCCGCUGAGCGUUUGGUGCGCUCCUUCACGGACGAUUAUAUAUCGCAGAACUGCGCAUUAUUCACGCCAGCGAUAAACGACACAGAAACGGCAACAACGGUAACGAGUCAAAAGCAAAAGCCAACAGAGACGAAUGCAAGAUCACAACAAAGUGCAGAAAAUCAAAGCGACAGCAGCAGAGCGAAUUGCAUUAUCAAUGAAAACGGCGACAAAGAAGACAACGACGACAGCGACAAAGGCAACGACGUUGGCGAUGAGCAAGAAAUGGCAACAACGAAAACUGCAGCAGCAACAACAACCAGAGCAAACGAGGAAACAGGCACAAAUGCAGUCGGAGUCGAAGUCGCAGUCGCAGUCGCAGCUGGAGUGCAGGUCAAUCAACCUGUUUCCUGUGCAGCAGCAGCAGCAGCAGCACCCAAUCGCACUCUCAGUCGCAGCCGCAGUCGCAGUCGAAGAGAGCACGCGUCAGCAGCGGAGAGAGCACCAGCAGUAGCAGCAGCAGCAGCGACGACGGCGUUCAGUGGUUGUUCAAGCGAGUUUCGCUCGGCAGCGAUCAGUCUCUCGAGUACGUUCGGCGCGUACACAACAGAUGUGCGUCAAAUCGGCAGUUACUAUACUAAUAACAACAAUAACAACAACAACAACAUUCAAACAUUGACGUCGUGGUUGUCGCGGGGGCGCUACAACAACAACUCGUGUAGCAGCAGCAGCAGCGACGCGCUGCGGCCCAACAAAUGUUUGGCAGAACUCGAACGGUUGUAUGCCGAAUUUCGCGCGAGUGAAAGUCUCUUCGAGCAUCGCCUGAGUCAGGCGCCAAACGAUAGCGAUAACGAUAGCGAUAUCGAUAUCGAUAGCGAUACGAUGCGUCUAAAUGUGGCUGCAGAGCCGCCGCCGCCGCCGCCAACAGCAACGGCAGCAACACAAACUGCAACAACAGUUGGCAGCAGCAACAGCAGCAGCGUUUUUCUCAGCAACAACAAGACGGGCAGCGACAGCAGCAACAAUGCCAAAAGCAUCAGCAACAUUGCAAUAUUGCCCGCGGCAACAAAGUCCUGUCAGCGUCAGCCAAGUCUGACGAUACAAGUGAACAACGGCAGCAGCAGCAGCGGCAGCAACAAUAACGGUACUAAUAACGGUAAUCAGCAGGUUUGUGUCGCGUCGCCCACAAGCACAGCCACAGUAACAACAACAACAACAACUGCAACACAAGACAACAACAACGUUGUUUGUGUCGUAAAUUGCAAUUACAGCAACAGCAACACCCCCAGCAACAACAACAACAGCAGCAACAACAACAACAGCAGCAUUGUUGCGAUUAAUAAUUGUGUGCCAGCAACCAAAGUGUUUAGUGCAAGUGUACAAAAUAAGUUAAAUAAUAAUAUCAAUAAUAAUAAAAAUACGCAAGUGGAUGUGCAACAUGUUGCAAGUGCCAGUGUGAGCAACAGCAGCAGCCACAAUAAUAAUAAUAAUAAUAAUCUAAAUAAUAUUAAUAAUAAUAAUUGUAUUAAUAAUAAUGUGAAUGUGUCCAGUGCUGAUAACAGUGUCAAAGUAAUCAAUGUGAAUGCCACGCCCCCACGCACUUUCACCUCUACCGAAUGCCAAACGGAUGAUCUAAGCAACGGCAACUGCUCGCAGCAGCAGCAGCAACAGUUGCAGGCGCAGCAGCAGCAGCAGCAGCAACAGUUGCGCACACGCGAGCAACGUCGCCGCGAACGUCGCGAGCGCCGCCAGCAACAGCAGCAGCAGCUGCAGCUGCAUCAGCAACAGUUGCCCCCUCACCAUGCGCGUCGGCAACACGCGCCGCCCCUGCAUCCACCGCCCCACUUGCAUCAUCCACAUCCGCAUCCGGCUGCCUUGGGCCUGGCUCGGGCCUUGUUGCCGGACAUUCUGCACAGCCACGGCCACUACCCGCCGCCGUACAGCGCCCUGACCGCCGGCGGACCGCCCCCACCGCCCCAGGCGGCCGUACCGCCGCUGCCACCGCCACCGCCGCCGCCGCAAGCGCCCGUGCCAAUGCCCGUGCCACUGUUGACUCCGGUUAUAUCGACGGUGCCGCUGCCGGGCGCCGCACCGCUGAUGAGUGAUGGACGCUUCACCUUGCCGCUGCCCAUCAUGCGCAGAUCCCCCUCGGAGCGUUCCGGCAAAGGUUGCUGUGGCCAAUGGUUCGCUGGGCCGCCGCUGCGCGCUCUCAUUGCUGUUGUUGCGCUUGGGGGCGUGGCCUGUGCCCUCGGCGGCGCUGCACUGGGCGCCACGGGUCUGGCUGGCCCGCCAAAUUCGCAUCUGACCGCCGCGCUGCUAAUGAUUGGAGUCGGCGUUGUGCUGGUCACUGUCAGCGGCGCCGCUUGGCGGAUGACAGCGCCCGGCGGCCAGAGCUGCCUCGGCCUGGGCACCACCGUCGACCUGGCCCGCUGCGGACGUCGUCCGUGCACCCGCGGCGGCGGCGCGCCCCACGGACUGCUCUAUCCGGAGUUUCAGCACCGACCGCCGCCGCCCUCCUACCAGGCCAGCAUGCAGGAGUAUCGUCUGAGACUUUUGCUUUUGGACCGCGAUCGCCAGAACGGAGUGGUGCGUGGCAAUUCGCCGCCGCCAACCUAUCGAUCUCAUGCCGGCAGCUUGCUGAGGGCGCCGUUGACCACACUACGCUCGGGCAUAGGCGGCGGCGGCGGCGGAGGCGGAGGCGGAGGCGGAGGCACCAUCAGCAGCAGCAUGGGCGGCUCCGAGUACAGUCUGCCGCCGAGCUAUCGCAGCCGGAAUGCGACGCCCGCCUCGCUGACGCUGGCCAGCUGCGAGCGGACCAUCGAGACGGCGCCAUCGGGCCGGCUGCUGGCCAAUGAGGAUCUGCCGGAGCUAUCGCCGGAGCAAUUGCCCGACUACAGUGCGCUGCAGUCCAACACAUUGCUCACCUCGGCCAUUGUCGAAAUCGAGUCCAGGAAUCGCAGCCAAAACCAGGACACUCCGACGACGACGAAGACAACAACGACGGCGACCAAGGCCAAAGACCUGGUAACCAUUGUGACCAUAUCCCAGGCGAACAACGUGCAGUCAGCUGGAAGGGCUCAGGCACAGGCACAGGGCCAGGUGCCAGCAUCAUCUCAGUCAGCACUCGACCAGAUCGAUAUAUUGGCCCACUUGUAGCCCUGCCACAGCGAAACUGAAAUCAAGCGGAAAACAAGGCGCUUCAUUUGAAAAGUCGCAACAGUCGAGUUUUCCUUUUCGUCUACGCAUUCUUUUUUUUUUUUUGUAGUUUGUUUGUUUGUUAAUCUUAAACACUCGUUAACCCAAAGGUAUUUAUUUGUACGAUACGAAAAACUAAAAACUCUGCUCCUAAAUGAAUAUAUGAUAUAUAUAUAUAAACUAAACCCUAACUAUAGUUCAUGCAUCUUUGAUAUAUAUAUACCGAUAAGCGGCAUUUAGACACUAAGAUAUAUAUGUUUGUUGUACUUGAAUGUGUUGAAUUUAUUUUUGUAAGCAUCAGAAAUGCGCUGCGUAUCUAUUACGAACUAUCGUAAAAGUAUUAAAAUAUUCCAAAAACAAAGCAAAAAAAAAAACAAAAACAAAACGAAACUAUCCCCAAAAAACAGUUUAAAAAAAAAAAAUUAACACAAUUUUGUAAAUAACAAUUUCGAGUGCAUUUCUAGCAUGCGUUAAGUGUAGAUUCUCCCCAACCCAAUAGAUAUAUAUACGAUAUAUAUAUAUAUAUAUAUAUAUAUAGGUAUGUGAAAAACUCUGAUGUAAAUUCGCAACGGAACGCUACGGUGACAAAUUUUGCGCGCAUUUUCGAAUAACGAAUCAAACGGAAACUCUGAAACUGAUUUCUGAAUGCGUUUCAAACAAAUAAAAAUAAAAUAUAUUAUAUAAUAUAAAAUAAAAUAAAGAGAAGAUAAACCUAAAGAUAAACUAAACUAAUUACGAAUCAAUUGUAGCGCAGUUGCAGUUGCGUAUGUUAUCAAUAUUGAAUACUGAUACAGAUCGUGCAUAAGUACAAUACAGUUAGCAAAUAAAUACUAUAUAUAUAUGUAUAUGCUAUAUAAAUAUAUAGAAAUACUUGAAUCCAACUUAAGGUCCUCUGUUUUAUGUGCAAGGCUAAAUAAACUAAAAAGCAAA